CUCCCAGUCGGACAGAAGCCGCCUCUUCUCGCGCAGCGCCAGCCGCAUCCCGAGACACGAUGGUCAAGGUCGGAGUGAACGGAUUUGGCCGUAUUGGCCGCCUGGUGACCAGGGCUGCCCUCACCACUGGCAAAGUGGAAAUUGUGGCCAUCAAUGACCCUUUCAUUGACCUCAACUACAUGGUGUACAUGUUCCAGUAUGAUUCCACCCAUGGCAAGUUCAACGGCACCGUCAAGGCCGAGAACGGAAAGCUCGUCAUCAACGGGAAGCCCAUCACCAUCUUCCAGGAGCGAGAUCCCGCCAACAUCAAAUGGGGUGAGGCCGGUGCCGAGUACGUCGUGGAGUCCACUGGGGUCUUCACCACCAUGGACAAGGCUGGGGCCCACCUGAAGGGCGGUGCCAAAAGGGUCAUCAUCUCGGCCCCCUCUGCCGACGCCCCCAUGUUUGUGAUGGGCGUCAACCACGAGAAGUACGACAACUCCCUCAAGAUCGUCAGCAACGCCUCCUGCACCACCAACUGCUUGGCGCCCCUGGCCAAGGUCAUCAACGACAACUUCGGCAUCGUGGAGGGGCUCAUGACCACCGUCCACGCCAUCACUGCCACCCAGAAGACCGUGGACGGCCCCUCCGGGAAGCUCUGGCGUGACGGCCGAGGGGCCGCCCAGAACAUCAUCCCCGCCGCCACCGGCGCCGCCAAGGCCGUGGGCAAGGUCAUCCCGGAGCUGAACGGGAAGCUGACCGGCAUGGCCUUCCGUGUCCCCACCCCCAACGUGUCCGUCGUGGAUCUGACCUGCCGCCUGGAGAAAGCUGCCAAAUACGACGACAUCAAGAAAGUGGUGAAACAGGCCUCACAGGGCCCCCUCAAGGGCAUCCUGGGCUACACCGAGGACCAGGUUGUCUCCUGCGACUUUAACAGCGACACCCACUCCUCCACCUUCGACGCUGGGGCUGGCAUCGCCCUCAACGACCACUUUGUCAAGCUCAUUUCUUGGUACGACAAUGAGUUCGGCUACAGCAACCGGGUGGUGGACCUCAUGGUCCACAUGGCCUCCAAGGAGUAGGCGCCCCCCACCAGCCGGACCAGCCGCCCCAGCCAGAGCACCAAGAGGAAGCACGAGGCCCUCGCCGCUGGGGAGUCCUUCCCCCUCGCACCCAACACACUGAGAACCUCCCGACCUCGAGUUUCCAUCCCGACCCCUGAAGAAGGGGAGGGGCGUAGGGAGCCCCACCUUGUCAUGUAACAUCAAUAAAGCUACACUGCACCCCA